AAAAAAACAAAUCCUUCAAACAGCAGCCAGCCGUACAGGAGCAGUCGGAGACCGAAGUGGACCUUUUUUUUCGUUUCGCCGUGUGGUGUGUGUGUGUGCUUCUGUGUGUGGCAUCGCAAAACCCGGAUCUAUGUGAAACCAUGAACUCGUGCGUCUGAGUACAAGAUGCCCAUGUGUCUUGGAUAGAAUGGCCACGCUGUCUGCAUCGGACAUAUCCCGACGAAACCCACAGGAUGAAUACGAACUCGUGCAAAGAGUCGGGAGCGGUACCUACGGCGAUGUCUACAAGGCAAAAAGGCUAUCCACCGGUGAGAUGGCGGCCAUCAAGGUCAUUAAGCUCGAGCCCGGGGACGAGUUUGGGGUCAUCCAGCAGGAGAUCCUGAUGAUGAAGGACUGCCGGCACCCCAACAUUGUGGCCUACUUCGGCAGCUACCUCAGGAGAGACAAGCUCUGGAUCUGCAUGGAAUACUGUGGCGGAGGCUCUCUCCAAGACAUCUACCACAUCACUGGCCCUCUGGGGGAGCAGCAGAUUGCCUACAUGUGCCGGGAAACGCUCAAGGGCCUGGCCUACCUGCACUACAUGGGCAAGAUGCACAGGGACGUCAAGGGGGCCAACAUCCUGCUCACAGAGGACGGCGACGUCAAGCUCGCGGACUUUGGAGUUUCUGCCCAGAUUACGGCCACCAUCAGCAAAAGAAAAUCAUUCAUUGGGACUCCUUAUUGGAUGGCCCCGGAGGUUGCGGCGGUGGAGCGCAAGGGUGGCUACAACCAGCAGUGCGACAUCUGGGCAGUGGGCAUCACGGCCAUCGAGCUGGCCGAACUGCAGCCGCCCAUGUUCGACCUGCACCCCAUGCGGGCCCUCUUCCUUAUGUCCAAGUCGGGCUUCAAACCCCCGCAGCUCAAGGACAAGGUCAAGUGGACUCCCAACUUUCAUCAUUUUGUCAAGAUUGCCCUCACCAAGAACCCCAAGAAGAGGCCGACGGCCGAGAGAUUACUUAUGCACCCUUUCCUCAACGGGGACCUCACCAAGCGGCUGGCCCGGGAACUCAUGGAGAAGGUCAACAACCCUCACCACAACUACAACGAACUGGAUCCGGACGACGAAGGGAUCCUUUGUAAUGUCCCCCAGAGGAUUGCGUCGCAGAGGUCUGCAAUGACUGCAGAGAGGCAGAAUGCCGAACUCAACAUGGAAAAUGUCAGCUUCGAGCAGCGCAUCUUUACGGAACUGGGCGGUGACACCACGGACCAGAGCUCGGCAGUUCAUAACGGCCAAGGGAACCACUACGACUUGGCCACGUCUUGGAUGGAGCGGGACAGCGAAACGGAAGAGAUUCAGAACAUAGGGGCUUGCGCGGACGACACUGAAGCGAAAUUUUGUGCCGCCCUCAGGAGCCUUCUGGAGAUUGUGGACGAAGAACUGCGCCACAGGGGUCACCCUGACAGGUUGUCCGAGCAGGACCUCAAGUACUCGCAACAGGCAACACUUCCAAUGGACAAGAUGGACAAUUCUGGUCUGUGGCCGGCGUUGCGCCUCCACGAGAACGGGCACGGCAAGGCGUCCAGCGGACCGAAGGGCGCGCAGUCCAGAGACGGAACACUGGAAGCUCCCCGCUCCGGAAUGCUGCCACUCUCGAGCUACGCCAUGCUUGAGACGGACAUACUCGGAGACGGCCCAGAAGACGCCCACGAGAACAGUCCGACACCCACGGGAACCCUGGAGAAACAAGAGGACGGGCUAUCGGAGAUGGAGCACGGGUCGAGGGAGGACGGCCAAGAGAACGUGCACUCGAGCGGAUACCGGCCCGAGGCCCCGCCCCGCAAGAAGGAGAAGAAGCGGACGCACCUGGUCGCAAGCACGCCCCUGAAGCCCGUGAGCAACGGCCUUCCCCCGACUCCGAAGGUGCACAUGGGGGCCUGCUUCUCCAAGGUGUUCAAUGGCUGCCCCCUCAAGAUCCUCUGCAGCACCAGCUGGAUACACCCAGAAACCAGAGACCAACACAUACUGUUUGGUUGCGAAGAGGGCAUCUACACUCUGAACCUGAACGAACUCCACGACUCGUGCGUCGACCAGAUUUUCCCGAGGAGAACGUCCUGGAUGUUUGUCGUCAAGGACGUCCUGAUGUCUCUCUCUGGCAAGAGCCAGCAGCUGUACAGGCACGACCUGGUGGCCCUGCACAACCGGCAGGGCCAGCGCUUCUCGCUGCCCGUGAACCGCAUCCCCGAGAGGCUGGUGCCCCGGCGCUACGCGGCCACCUCCAAGGUGGCGGACACCAAGGGCUGUCUGCGCUGCUGCGUGGGGCGCAACCCCUACAACGGCUACAAGUACCUGUGCGGGGUCUGCCCCCUGGGCGUCUUCCUCAUGCAGUGGUACAACCCCCUGUCCAAGUUCAUGCUGCUCAAGCACUUCGAGUGCAUGGUGCCGUCGAGACUCAGCAUCUUCGAGAUGAUCAUCACUCCCGACCUGGAGUACCCCGUUCUGUGCGUCGGCGUCCGGAAAGGGUACGACGGGGCCCAGCUGCGGCUGGACACGAUCGACCUGAACUCUUCGGCAUGCUGGUUCGGGGACGAAGACCAGGACGGCAUGGAGACAAUGGUUCCCCGCCACGAGCUGCUGCGGGUGGUGCACGUCACCCAGAUCGACAAGGACACCGUCCUCGUGUGCUACGACAAUCAAGUGAAGUUGUUGGACCUUGAGGGGCAGCUGAAGCCCAGCGAAGUCCAACCUGCCGAGCUCCACUUCGACUUCAGGGUGGAGUACAUCGUGUGCCUGCCGGACAGCGUUCUGGCGUUCCACCAGCACGGCAUGCAGGGGCGCAGCUUCCUCAACAACGAGGUGGUGCAGGAGAUCUGCGACACCACCCGCACCUUCCGCGUCCUCGGCUCCGACAGCGCGAAAUAUUUUGGGUUCACGGCGGCUGACCCCACCUGCGAGCAAGCUGAAAGGAUCGUCGUGUUGGAGAGUCGAGCAACGGACGAGCCCAGCGGCCCGUCCAAUAUCUACAUCUUGGCAGGACACGAAAACAGCUACUGACGUGGUUCUGCACAGUGAGACGUGGUACGAGACUCACAAACCUCGCUCGACCUCCAGUCGUCGUCUGCGUCGGCCCCGCGCCGUCACCUGCAAACCAGGACCGAGGCACGGAAACUGCGAAGCGACGUGCAGUCCAACUACAAACAUUUUCGUUUUGGUCGUACGGAACUCAUGACGGCCAGUCGACGUGCGCCAGACUCGAGACGGAAGGAGGUCCGUUCUUCGUGCAUUUUUUUCUUUCUUUUUUUUUUUACUUUCUUAAGGAAAACGGCACGUCUUUUUGUUACCGACUGUACAGUGGCGGCCUCCCUCACCACCCGAUAUUUAUUUGUGUAUAUAAGCGAACAGUGUCUACUUGUGUGCGGUGACUUUGACUCCCCUCCCGGGCGGCAAAUCCCGUGCGUUACUUCGAUUCUUUCUCUCGUUUUUCGUGUGCGUGUAGUCUCCUCCCCACUUUGCAAGUUGCGUCUUACUGUUGCGUGAGGUUCAGUCUGUUUCGGUUGCUUUUCCGUGAAACUUGUCCAUGAUGCAGCAACAAAAUGUGGCAGGUGUGCAUUUUUUUUUUUUUUUUUCUUGUCUCGAAAUUAGAUUGACGCUUGCUGACUGGCAAGUCGUGACCUUGGACUUUUUUUUUUUAUUAAAUUUUUGGUGAGAAAUGGCAAUGUUUGGGAGAUUGUGACAGGCUGUUGGUGCGACUCAAUGUUGGGAUGUACAGUUUGUCUGUGAAUAGAGACGUUAUUGUCAUUUCUUUCACUUUUAUCGAGGGACCCUGGAAAAAUUGCUCGGGCUUUCCUUUUUACGUUGGAAAGCAAUGUUUUUUUUCUCCUUUCUCGUGCAAGAUUUUCUCCCGCUCGUUCGAACACACAUUGUGCUUUACUUCAGAAAUGGCCCGAGGUCCACAAUCUCCGAAGGUUGUGCUUUCGUCGGGAGUUUGGAACUUGGCGUUGAGGGUUGGGUCGAAAGGACUAUACGGCCAGUGCCGCUUAGAAGCCGAAUAAAUGCGUCGUCGCGCCGUUGGCUUAAACGGAGACGCUGUUGUUGCACGACUGGAACUCGUUAACUAAUCACGAUUGGUUCCCCCCGGUGAAUCCUGCCGAUACGAGCUCCUCCACAAGUUGACCAGUCCACGUGUAAACUGCGAGUCUGUGUUGCGGGGAUUUCACUCCAGUGAACGUUGCAACAGCAUUGAAUGCAGAAUGAAAUUAACCGAAACCACGUCGAGGCAAAGGCAAGUGAGCUGAUCUACGGCUGGGGUGCGUUGGUUAGUUCAAAGUACAAUGUCGAACAACAACAGUUUAAAUAUUGAAGGCAAGUCGAAGUCGCCUUAGCAGUAGAAUGCAUUCCUUAACGCGUGGCACGCCGGUGGUAUCAGAUGUGCACAAAAAAGAGAGAGAGAAAUCCAAGUAUAUUUUUCGGGUGUCUCUAGUGCAAAAACUGACGAUAGCAGUUUAUUUAGAUACUCAGCAAAGGACUCUUACCUUAUACAAGGGACACAUUUACAGUGUUAACCGUGUUCAAUACUUUUCCCAGGUCUGGGCGUUUUAGGCGGCAGUUUGUGGUGGUAGAGCGACGAAAGCGUUUGUUAAAUGUGACGCGAAGGUUCUUCCGCUAACGUAGAGUAGUGAAAGCCUUUGAGAGAUCGGUAAUGCUAAUAGCGUUUUAAGUCGCGCGAGGGCAACGGCAAUGCUAGUGUGGAAAUAUCGAGUUGCUCGUUUCUAGGCACACGGCAAAUCGGCUUUGUGCAGAAUCCGGGAAAAACUGUGCGACAACAAUGACCGACUUCUGCACCUCUGUAGUAGAUUGUACGUGUAAAAAAAGGUGUACGCCACUUGCGUAAGCUUUUCUGUUUGAAGACCGAUGCAUUGUGUACAUAUUGUAAUAAGAUAGUAGGUUUUUUUCUUUUGCCCAGAAAAUGCCGCAGUGUGAUAGCUAUGCAAGCGAGCGUUGCAUUCGAGGGUUAUUUUACAAUUCCCUUUUUUUUUUACGGCAUGUUUAUAUUUUACGAGCCCGGAGAGUGUUUGUUGUAUAUGUUGUGUGCUUCGAAGUUUUAGAAGAAUGUAUUCGUUGACAACGAGCCUUUUUUUUUUUUCCUCUGAUUGCACGCACAAUUUGCAUGUGCACAAAAAAAAAGGAGUGUUUUUUUUUGUGACUGGCUUUUGGUGUAGAGACGAAGUGUGAUACAACUGAUUGGACCAAAUUAGGGAUAACAUCUUAUUGCUUCUGGUGUUUUUAUUUACGAGAAAUGAGAAGCGUCGUUUCGAUUUAGGCUCUUGGCGUGGCUCGGUCGCUUUUGAGUCGGCGGCGAAGCGGCGUCAAAAUUGGUGCUGCCUCGCGAGGAGCGUUAGUUGGCGCUUGCCGCUGCUCGGUCUCUGUUCUCGUACAGUGGUCAGCAAGGUACCCGCGGAGUGGACUUCCCGAUGGGUGUGAGACUUUAGGCCCCCUGUGUAUAACGCUAGCUGUGAUGUUAGGAUUACCCCUUUUUAUUACGAUUACCGUUUCCGUGCUUGUCAAAUGCCAACGGGAAGGCGACUGUAAAAAAUGAAAGAAAUAAAGUUAUCCUCUUGGA